GAUCUGAAGCAGGAAGAGCAAGAGAAUGGCGAGCAGGUACUGGGCAGUGUCUCUUCCCGUCCACAACUCUGCAUCCACUCUAUGGAACCAAUUGCAGCAACAAAUCUCCAACCAUUCCUUCGACACUCCUCUCUACAGAUUCAACAUCCCCAACCUCCGCGUUGGAACCCUAGACUCUCUCCUCUCUCUCAGCGACGACCUCGCCAAGUCCAACAACUUCGUCGAAGGAGUGACUCACAAAAUCCGGCGUCAGAUUGAGGAACUUGAGAGAGUUUCAGGCGUGGAGAGCGGCGGUCUCACCGUGGAUGGAGUGCCUGUUGAUUCCUACUUGACCAGGUUUGUUUGGGAUGAAGCUAAGUACCCGACAAUGUCGCCUUUGAAGGAGAUCGUGGAUGGUAUUCAUAGUCAAGUCGCAAAGAUUGAGGAUGAUCUCAAGGUUCGUGUUUCUGAGUAUAACAAUGUCCGUGGUCAGCUUAAUGCUAUCAACCGAAAGCAAACUGGAAGCUUAGCAGUUCGUGAUCUUUCCAAUUUGGUAAAACCUGAGGACAUUAUAAUUUCAGAACAUUUAACUACCCUCCUUGCCAUUGUUUCCAAGUAUUCACAGAAGGAUUGGCUCUCAAGCUACGAAACAUUGACAAGCUAUGUGGUCCCCAGGUCAUCUAAGAAGUUGUAUGAGGAUAACGAAUAUGCUCUUUAUACUGUAACACUCUUCAGUCGUGUUGCGGAUAAUUUUAGAACUAGUGCACGUGAAAAAGGGUUCCAAAUUCGUGACUUUGAAUACAAUCCCGAAACACACGAGAGCCGAAAGCAGGAAUUAGAUAAAUUGAUGCAAGAUCAGGAAAGUUUGAGGGCUUCUCUGUUGCAAUGGUGCUACACCAGUUAUGGAGAGGUUUUCAGUUCCUGGAUGCACUUUUGUGCUGUGCGUUUGUUUGCUGAGAGCAUUCUGCGAUAUGGUUUGCCCCCGUCUUUCUUGGCAUGUGUUUUAGCUCCUUCUGUAAAAUCUGAGAAGAAAGUACGUUCUAUCCUUGAAGGGUUGAGUGAUAGCAUAAACAGUGGAUACUGGAAGAUGGAGGAUGAAGUAGGUGCUGGGCUAGCUGGCCUAGCAGGCGAUGCUGACGCCCACCCUUACGUUUCUUUCACUGUCAAUCUUGCUUGAGCGCUCUCAGAAACAGGUCCCUUCUCUUAAUUUUUAGUCCGCUAAGGGCUCCUUUGGACAGAAAUAAUGCCGAUGCAAACAGGAUUUGGAGAUAUUGUACAUUA